CCAGCUUCACGCAUGUCUGGGUUGAUCUGGUCUGUGCUGUACUGCGGGAUGAUUGUCUAUUUCUAAACAAAAGCAGCUCAAAAUAGUCGCAUUUCACUUUAACGUGUCUAAUCGGUCGGCGGAUCUGAUCUCGGUGAAGAUGAAUGGAGCGGCGUUCCCCUCUCCCACAGCCGAGAUGGCGGAGAUGAACCGGAUCCACUAUGAGCUGGAGUAUACAGAGGGCAUCAAUCAGAGAAUGCGUAUUCCUGUGCAGCUGAGAGUGGCUCCGUAUGAGCACGAAGAGCAGGAACUUCCAGAGCAUGAGACGCUCCACACGGCAAUGAUGCACGUUCCCGAGAGAAUCGUGGUGGCAGGAGACAGUGGUGACAUGCAGUUUCCCAGAGAUCUAGACCUCAUCCAGUUCACCCAACUGGAGUCAACACUGUCCCUCAAGACACCACCUCGGGUCCUGACACUCAACGAAGGGGCCAUCGACUUCCUCGAAAUGGAGCAGCCGAUCUCCGCCAGUCAGCUCAGCGAAGAAGUGCGCACGCAAUCCAGGACACGUAGAGAGCGCUCGGUCAGCGAGAACACAGGUGUGCAUCACAAUGGCCAGCUCGCCAGAAACGACUCCAUGGGUAUGACUCCCUCCCCCUCUGCUGCAUUGCGCACUAUGGCUCCUCUCGGUGGUGCCGAGGAUGGGUAUAACCUCUUCAGCGCCCACGGCGUCCUUUCCUUCAUCCAGUCAACCACACGUCGGGCCUACCAGCAGGUCCUGGAGGUCCUGGACGAGAACCAGCGCAGCAAGCCAUCUCUUAGAGGGGGUUCAACCCUCUCUAACCCCCAUCAUGACAACAGGCAUGCCCUGGCCACACUGGACUCGACUCUGGAGGGAGGAACAGACGACAUGGCUGUUGUGGACGCCACCUCUCUACGCAGACAGAUUGUCAAGCUGAACCGGCGUUUGCAGCUCUUGGAGGAGGAGAACAAAGAGAGAGUCAAGCGAGAAAUGAUCAUGUAUUCCAUCACUGUAGCUUUCUGGCUUAUCAACAGCUGGGUUUGGUUCCGUCGCUGAAGCUACAUGGACUCUGCAAUGUGGGAGGGGCAAAAUCAAAACUCCGCCCCUCUGUUCUAUGUGUCAAACUUUAGCCGUAUUUUUUUUAAUGGCUAAAAUGUUUUAUUUUCUUCACAGUAAGAGCGGUAAAGUCAGAGAUAGCUUUUGUGUUGUUCUUUGGGUUUGUCUGUCUGGUUUCCUUUUAUUAUUAUAAAUAUGUAUUUAUACUUUUUUUUUAUU